AAACGCGUCAAAAGAGACAACCCACAAGACAAAACCAGUCCAAAGAAUUUUCAUUAUUUUCCAAUUAAAAAACUAUUCAUCUUUAAAUAUAAAUUCACACUAAACUUAUCAUUUAUUUGUUUAUUAUUUGAUUAUUACAUCAAUUUGCAUGUUAUAACUCAUAUUUUUAUUCAAGAAAAAAUAAAAAAACGAAAAAAAAAUAAAAUACAAGUAAUUUCCUACAAUUCAAAUAAAGCGAGAUAGACUGAUUAAGUAAAACGACUUGACUCUUUCUAUCCUCUACUCCUCUUCGGCUUUAUUUAACUCAGUAAAGUGUUCCGAGUGGGUUGCCGUUUUCGUAUUCGUUUCGUUUAGCUCGCUGUCGUCGUCGUUUUCGUUGUGUAGAGCAAAUAAAAAAACGAAGAAAUUUUAUUUUUAAUAAAAUUAAAAAUUGCUCGCAAACGCAAAGCAAAAUCCAAAAUAAUGUCCGAACCGAUUAUUUACAAACCCAAAGAUUUAAUAUGGGCCAAAAUGAAGGGAUUCACACCCUGGCCAUCGAUGAUUGUUGAACCCCCAGAGGAGAUGCUACAUCAGCCCCGAAGGAAUGUUCCAUGUAAAUGUGUUUUCUUUUUUGGCUCUAGAAACUAUGCAUGGAUUGAGGAACAUAAUAUUAAACCAUUCGAGGGCCCAUACAAAGACGAACUUAUGCGCCCAAACAAGCCAAAUUCCUUUAAAUUGGCUCUGCAAGAAAUUUUAGCCUACAUUGAUAAUCCAGUUGAUAUUGAUGCUGAAAUUAAAGCAGCUUCUGUUGCUUCCGCUCCCAAUUAUGCCAGUGAUGCUGAUUUCGAUAAGAUUCGCGAUGGUCUUGAAACAGCCGAUUCAACCAAUGAUUUAGGUGAACCACCAAAACCACCAAAAAAAGCAACAAAAGCUAAAUCUCGAGCAAAGUCCUCCAUAUCGGCAACUAAAUCUGCAACAAAACGUCGCAGCAGUGCAAGCAAAGCAUCCGAAAGCAAAAGGAAACGAGUUGAAUCAGAAGCCACAGAGGCUACAUCGUCACGUAGACGAGUAAAUACUGACGCUUUGUCGCACAUUGGCAGUUUGUCGCGUCGCAAUAUGAGCUCAACAGUUGCUCUACUUGAUCGACCAAUUAUAAGUCGGCCAGAGGCACAAGCAAUUGAUAUGAAUGUUCGAUCGGCAACUUUAUCCGAACGGGAUAUAACACCAUCGAAUUUGACUUUUGGAUUCCUUGGUUUGGGAAUUAUGGGAUCGACUAUUGUAAAGGAUUUAAUAUGCACAGGCCAUAAAGUGGUCGUAUGGAAUAGAACAAUGUCAAAGUGUAAACCAUUCGCUGAAGCUGGUGCUGAAGUUAAGGAAACUCCAAUGGACGUUGUCGAUGCUGCGGAUAUUACAUUCUGUUGUGUAUCGGAUCCAAAAGCAUCGAAAGAUUUGGUAUUUGGCAACUGCGGGGUUUUGCAAGGAAAAGACCUUAACAACAAGGCAUACGUGGAAAUGUCCACUAUUGAUCCAGAAACUUCACAAGAUAUCGCAGAAGGUAUCGCACAAUGUGGAGGUAGAUACCUAGAGGUUCAAAUUCAUGGCACAAGGCAAGAAGCCGAAGAUGGUAUGCUUAUAAUUUUAGCUGGCGGUGAUCGCACUGUUUUUGAAGAGUGUCAUUCAUGUUUUAAAACUAUCGCCAAAAAUACAUUCUUUUUAGGGGAUGUUGGAAAUGCUUGCAAAGUGAACCUUAUUCUUCAAACAAUACUUGGUGUGAGCCUUGUUGGCUUUUCAGAAGCUUUAGCUCUCGCGGAUCGCUUCUCCAUAUCAUUGAAGGAUAUCAUUGAUAUAUUUGAAUUGACGUCAAUGAAAUCGCAGCUUUUACUCGAAAAAGGAAAAGAAAUGGCGAAGGGUGAUUUCAACCCACAACAGCCUUUAAUGCACAUGCAAAAAGAUCUACGUUUGGUUUUGGGAAUGGCAGAGAAUCUUGAUCAAUCAAUGCCCGUUACAGCUAUAACAAAUGAAGUGUUCAAGCAUACAAAGCGUCUGGGUUAUAGCGAACAUGAUUCGAGUGCUGUAUUUGUAAGGUCCCGGUUUUAACGUUUAGCUAAUCCUUAUGAUGAUUUAAACAUUCAUUUUGCCCAACCACAACCACAACAACAACAAACUCAAACCACAACAACAACAACAACAACAAAUCCCCCAAAUACAACAAUAACUACCCAAAGUCCUAAUUCAAGUCCGCUGAAUCCGAAUGCAUCCCCAAAUGAAGAAAUAAAUAUUAAAAAAGAAAAUCUUGAAAAUUAGGCAAACAUAAAAUCAAUCCAAAUCCUCCCCCACAUCAAAAACUUAAAUACAAAACAAAAAAACUAAACUAAAAUUUCAUUUUAUUAAAAUUUUGAUUUAAAACAAUUUCUUUUAACUCUUUUUAUUAUUCUCCUUAUUUUUUAUUUUUAACUAAUUUGUAUCCUUCUCACAAUUUCCUCUUUCAUCCUAAUAAACAAAAUAAAAAAAACCAAACAAGUUAUCAACAAAAAAUAAAUACCUAUAAGAAGAAAAAGAACAGACAACCAUAAAAAUAGCGAGAAGGACAAGCAAAGAAAAUUAUUAUAACAAGAAAAAGAAUAUUAUAUAAAAAUUGUAUAAAAAUAAAAUAUUUUUGGGGAACAAAAGAAAAACAAAAUUUUAAAGAAAAAGAAUGAAAGAAAAGAAAACCCUCGCUAGAAAUAUUAUACAUACAUUUAUUAAUUAAUUAUUAUUUUUUUUUCUCCCUUUCAUUUAUCGUCGAUGCAUUAUAUAAAUAAUUUACUAUAUUUAUAGAUUAAAGGAAAAGAAAAUUAAUAAUUUCGUAUACAACUAUUCUGUUACAUUUUAUUGAUUUUUAAUAAUUAUUAUUAACGAAGACAAGAAAAAGUAAAAAUUAAAAAUUGCGCAUAAUACAAAAAUAAAGGUGUAAUGAAAAGUAAACGUACGUGCAUAUAUAUAUAGAGAAAGACUAUGUAUCGUGUAAAUGGUUAUUAAUUAUAUUAUAAUCUGUGUAAAACACU